AUGAUUGGGCUGGAUGUUUAUCUAGAUCCGGAUGGUCUUCGGGUUGCUACGCCGGAGGAUAUAAAGCAGUGGGAAUCAGAAAGGGAAAUGUAUGACCCUAACGUGCGCCUCUUUGUGGCUCUUUUCUCAUACAACCCUGCACUGAUGUCACCAAACCCAGAAACUAUGGAGGAGGAACUGCCUUUCGAACAAGGACAGAUCAUCAAAGUUUAUGGGGAUAAAGAUGCAGACGGCUUCUAUAAUGGAGAGACGGGAGCUCGCUGUGGUUUUGUGCCAAGCAACAUGGUGUCUGAGAUUCCUGUGGAUGACGGAGAGAUUAAACUUCGUCUGAUUCAGCAGGGGUUUUUACCUGAGGAGACGCCUUCUAUAGCACCCAGUGAGACUUCCAGUGUGCCGGAUGGUGAAAAGGUCCACAGGAUGGUGGCCAUCUUUGAUUAUGAUCCUUGGGAAAGUUCUCCAAACAUAGACAUUGAGGACGAGCUUCCCUUCCGUGCAGGAGACAUCAUAUAUGUUUUUGGGGAAAUGGACUGUGAUGGAUUUUAUUAUGGGGAUCUUCAUGGUUAUCGAGGUCUGGUGCCAUCAAACUUUUUGCAACCUCUGCCUUGGGAUUAA